AUAAGGAUCGGUUCGUAUUUAUUUUUAGAGAGAAAAAAACACAAUACACAAUAGCAAAAGUAUAUAAAAAUAGCCGUAGUUUAUCAUCGUUUGUAGUUUUACAAUUUUACUGACAUGGACAUAUCGACGGUAAAUCUGUACACCAAUCCUUUCUUUGCACAAAAUUUCUUUGGUUUUCAACAUCCAAAUUUUCCAAGUCUCACGCUGGGCGAUGGCAUGGGUGCCCCUCCACUCCACGAUAACAACGGCAAUGGCUUCUUUCGCUUUGAGGAUGGCAGCGGCGAUGCCCGCAGUGCAUUCAUCUUUGGAGAGGAGGAUGAUGAGUUGGCUGCCCUCUGUAAUGAUGGCGAGAUUGGCAGCAGCGUCACCACGACGACGACAACCACCACAACCACGACUACAACAACGACAACGGACGCUUUAAGCUCCAGCAUACUGAUGGGCUCCUCGAACAGUCAGCUUGUGCUGGGUCUGGUCCAGGAGAGCGAAAGCGACAGCAACACCCACACCAAGCAGGCCAGCACCAGUCCCGAGCCAAUGGAGACGCAGCAACAAAUGGUCUGUCCGUGGGCCAUGCAAUACAUUCAUAUGGCGCCCCGGGCCCCUCAAUCCAUUAAGGUGGGGCAGGAGCAGUAUGUGAUGCAGGCAGACACGGUUUUUGUGCUGGGGAUGCGCUACAAUGUGACAAAGAACGACAUUGUUUUGUUCUUCGGCAAGAUGGGUCCAAUCCAGGUUGACGAGACCACCAAUAAGCCAAAAAUCUUUGUGUAUAAGAACAAGCAGACGGGUCGGUCCAAAGGCGAGGCCACCAUCACCUACGCUAAUCCGUAUUCGGCCCAAGCGGCAAUUCACAUUCUGAGUGGCAACAGAUUUAUGGGCCAUGUGGUUACCGUUUUGCAGGCCUAUCUGUCCACCAAGAAGGGCAACAGUGUUCGCUACAGCUAUCCCAGGGAGCCGGGCACGGAUCAGCAACGACGUCACCGUCAGCGGAAAUGGAAGCCCGCCAGCGAUAAUUGGGUGUGCGACAAAUGCAAGAAUAGCAACUUUACGUGGCGUCUUAACUGCAAUCGCUGUCUGGCCCACAAGGACGAGGUGAUCCAACAGAGUCCGCAGAAAUCAUCGAAACGGCGUUGGCGACCCUUGAAGAGCGACUGGCAGUGCGGUUAUUGUUUCAAUGUGAACUUUUGGUAUCGGGAGAAAUGCAAUCGCUGUGCCGCACCAAAAGAAGAUCCAACAGCAGAGCCAGAUAAGUGGGAGUUGGUGCUCAGUCAGCCAGUUUCUAUGGAGUAGACAGAUAGAUUCGCUCACAGAUUAUGCCUUUGAUAUUUGUAAUUCAAAAUUUGUAAUGUAUGGUUCGGUUUUCUAGACAUAUUCCAAUCCACUAGAAUCGUAUACCUGCAUACAAAAUGCAUCUAAAUUCGCUGUGAACUUUUUGUAAUAAAUAGCCGCCGGGUAUAUCACGCAA